AACUGUAAUUCCACCUAUUGGCCACUGUGGAUUCAAAGCGCUAGAUAUUCAUCGUCAAGCAGCAGCAGCGAGCAAAAAAUGGCGUUGAGAGCAGCUUUGAGGACUAAGUGUGCUUUAUCAGGCUUUCUUUCCCAGCCGUCCUCCAGCAGCAGACAUGGCAGAGUGUGUGCAUCGACCGUGCUUGCCGCACAGCAAAGAAGCAACUCCACAUCGUCAAAGAUUUCUGUGGAUUUUGACCAGAGUACAGGCGUGGCUGUGAUGCAUAUGAAGAGUCCACCCGUCAAUAGCCUCAGUUUGGACUUCCUCACAGAGUUUUGCAUCAGCUUGGAAAAGCUUGAGAUGGACAAGAGCUGCCGAGGCCUCAUCAUCACCUCUAGUCUGCCCAAGGUGUUCUCGGCAGGGCUGGACAUCUUGGAGAUGUAUGGCAAGAGUCCAGAAAGCUGCGGGGAGUUCUGGAAAGCCGUUCAGGAGAUGUGGCUGAAACUCUACAGCUCCAACAUGGUCACCGUAGCCGCAAUCAACGGCUCCAGUCCUGCAGGUGGCUGUCUCAUGUCUUUGACGUGUGACUACAGAAUAAUGGUGGACAACCCACGGUAUAGCAUCGGCCUUAAUGAGACUCAGCUCGGCAUCGUUGCACCUUUUUGGUUUAAGGACACCAUGGCUAAUACAGUGGGCCACCGCAUCACCGAGAUGGCCCUGGCUCUGGGGAUGCUCUACAGCCCGGCGGAGGCUCUGAAGAUCGGCUUGGUGGACCAGAUAGUACCAGAAGAGAAGCUCAUGAGCACAGCCGAGCAGGCGAUGGCCAAGUGGUUGGCCAUUCCAGCCCACGCCAGACAGCUCACCAAAUCCAUGAUGAGGAAGCCGACCGUCGACAGGAUGACAUCCAAAAGAGAGGCCGAUGUCCAAAACUUUGUGAGUUUCAUCACCAAAGAUGCCAUCCAGAAUUCACUCCGCGUUUAUCUGGAGAUGCUCAAAAAGAGGAAGGCUUAAUGGGAUGAUGUCGGACGCGAAGGCCUGUGAUCUGAAGUCAUCUCACACCGACUUGACGAAGCGAACAAUAGCUCCGCUUAUAUAUACGAACACGUCAUUGUCCGGCACCGCCGCUUCAGGUUCAACACGGAUGUACGAUAUGAAGAAAAUGUACUUAUUUUCCGAAGGGGAGGCAGGGGGGGGACACGUCGGGAUAUUGAAGGCCUGUUCACAUGUCCGUGCAAUAUAAUGUCGUAAAUGAGUUCAAUUUGUUUGAGAGGAUGAACAAAUGAAGCUUGCCUGACCUAACCCAUACCAUGGUGCAAUCCCCCCACCUCUGUAUUCAGUUGUCUCUGGUUUGUACUUGGAAUGUACUUUUAAUGGUUAAAAUCCACUUUUAUUUUAUUUUGUUUUUGAGAGGGGGUGGGAGCUGUUGCAGCCUUGAAGUGUAUUAAUGCCACUGGUGUACAGUGAUCCACGUGCAUUUGUGUACUAACAAAAGCCAUGAGUGUACAACACCAGGCUUUGAAAUAAAUUCUGAUCAUUC